AUGAGUAGACCUAUUGACAAGAUAACUGUACUAAAUCGUGGCAAAAAAGGCUCAAAACAUGUUCAGAAAUGUAAUGUGUCAAACUUCUGCACCACUCCUGAAAAUGCAGUUAGAAACCCUGAUCCUACAACCUCCAUUAAAGAACAUGUGGCUACAGAGCUACCACUUGUCUACGAUAGUAAUCAAAUAGAAACUCUUGUGAGUGAUGAGAGAUCAAAGCAUUCCCCAUUUCCUUCUUUGACUCCUACCUCUCCUGAUUAUGAGACACUGAAAUGUAGUCAUGGGGAGGUGGAUUUUGGAGGAGGGAAUUGUGGAGAAUUUCAUAACAGUUUACCUCGUAUUGUUGAUCUCUGUCUUGAAGACAAAAAGAGGAUAUUACAAUUAAUAAAUGAACUUGCAAAUUGCAAAGAAGAGAAAGAAAUUAUGACCAGAGAAUUGAGCAAUUUAAAAGAAUUAGUUCAACAGCAAAUGAAUGAAAUGGCAAUUACCAAUGAAAAAUUUGCAACUCAGAAAGAAGCUCUGGCUUUAGAGGCAUGUAGCUUUAUAAACAUAUAUACCAAUGUAAUUGAUUACACAAUAAUUAAUUUUAUCUUGUUUUAUCCACAUCAGGUUGAAAACUUAGUAACUAGUAGAGACAACUUAUCAGCGGAUUUGGAAAAUUUACAGAAUUGUGUAGAAAUUCAGAAAAAUGAAAUAGAAAAGCAAGCAACAUGCAUUGCAGCUCUGAAAGCUGAGAAAAAACAUCUUCAAAAGCAAGUAACAGAGCAAGAAAACAAAUUGAAAGUUGCUGUUUCCAAUGUUGAUACCUUGACUGAGAAGUUGCUCUUCUAUGAACCAAGGAACAAAAUGAAAAUGGACAAUGCAUGUCCUGCCUCUCCAAAAAACAAAGAUAUCCAAAUGUCCUCAAAAUUUUGCAUUCAUCAAGGAGAGAAACCUCGAUUAGUCCAUUCCAAUGACACAAAGGUCGAAGGAUGUUCCGGAGAUGCUGGAACCCAUGUUCUUCAAGAUUCCAUGUCAUGCUCAGCCAACACCGACGUGGGAUUUUUUGCUGUGAGAAUGUGCCCUGACCUUGGGUCAGGGGCUGCACUUGUCGUCUGCCGUCCUACAGAGCAACAGAUGGCACACCGAUGAGAAUAAUACCUUCCUUUAUGUAUUUUGUUUUUUGUUAUUCAUUAAAAUUCCUUUUCCUUGUAAUUAUCUCAUUUAAUAUGUAAUUACUGUUUUUGCAUAAAUAAUAUUGAUUUGUUAUUAAGUUGAAAUCUGAUUUUCUAUUUACAAUUAGCAGUUCAAGCUCAUAAUAUUUACUAUAUCAUUAUUGGUAUAACUCAAUUAAUACUGAAAAGGAAAAUAAUAUGGUUGUACUAAUUUUUCACCUUGUCUUUACUAGCAGUAUCAAUAAAUUAUUAUAAUUUUAAUUAUAAUUAUAUAAUUUGCAUUGUUAGUAGUAUCAGACAGUUUGAUCUUUUAGUUAGAAACAUGAAAUUAUCUACUUGAACAUCAUUGGUUGGUUUCUAUUGAUGGCCAUCAAACUCCUACCAACAAAACACACAUAAUAAUUCUAUUUUAAUGUUAACUUAAUAUUUAAACAUAACUUGGCCUUCUUAUACUAUUUUUAUUAAUGACUGUUACUUAUUGCCUAACCUUCCCUUUUGCAGAAUGCACAGCAAUGUUGGCGUUGUUAAUGACAUCAGCGCCUGUUUCAGUUCACCUGGAGCUCUUCUUAUGUCCACUCUGAAUUUUAACUAAUAAAAUUUCUAUUCUUAUUUGCGAUCUAUUUAUCCCAUGAAUAUUUCAGACUUUUUUGUGAAUAAUCUCAUUUAAAUUACAUCACUAUUCACCCAUUACCCGUGAACCACAUGUCCAUUUUCUAUCUUGUCAGACUAAUCACAAAAAUAUUACUACACAAUGGGUUGUUGGACAUCAAUCCUCAACCUAACAAAUCAGGGAUCAUCCUGUCAGAAAUUCCUUGUUUACACUUUCUAUCUGGCCUCACAAGCUCACUUAUUUGAUUGUUAUCUUUCUUCCUUGAUGCGCUCUUGCCUUACCACAACUAUAUACCUCAAGUGUCAUUUUUCGCCUAUCAACAAUGUCUUAUAAUAUUUCUUUGCUAUAUUUUUGCACAAAUCCUGAAGUAUACAAAUUUUAUUAAAUCCAAUUAAUAUUUAGAUUUUCUUAUACUUUACGUUCUCAACAUCUCUUAAUAAUUUACAUCAUUGUACAAUUCCGUAUAUUUUGCAAGCUAUUUGACAUUAAAGUUUUUGCUUCUAAAAGCCAAAAAUCCCUUUAGAUAUUUUGCCUUCCCUCUAUAUACAGGUUUCACACCAACUAUGGGCCCCGAGAAA